UGUGGUCAAAAUAAGAAAUUAUUUGUCGAAUGCUUGGUUGUUGGUGAACCAAAAGAAGUUUCUUUCAUAAAAUUAUUUUGUAAAGUGGUUUAAAUGAAUAUAUCAAUGGUGGCCAACGCGCCAGACACGCCUGUACAGGCUGAAGUCAUCUUUGUCAUAGAAGCCACAGCAGCCAAUGGGGCCUACAUCAGUGAACUUAAAACGAAUUACAUUGUACCCACACUGGAAUAUUUCCAUGGAGGUGCGCUAGAGGAAGGCGGCGGCAGUGGUUCCAUGUACGCUGUAGUGACAUACAAGUCAGCAGAUUGUCACCCCGGCCUUCCGGUUGACACGUUUGGACCGUUCGCAUGCCCACAAGAAGUUUUACAAUGUGUAGAUAACAUCGAGUUCAUUACGGGACACGCUGAAAAUCGAGCGUGUGUGACAGAGGCCCUGUCAACGGCUCUGGCGUGCUUGGACGAGCUCGGCCGCACCGACAUACCUCUGCACAUCCUGCUGCUGUGUUGCUCGCCGCCGUACUCGGCGUAUGCCGGCGGGCUGGUGCCUCCAGGGGCGCCAGCCACAGUCGAGCAAGCCGCGCGUCUGUUAGCUGAACGCGGGGUACACUUAUUAACACAAGGGCGCCAGCCACAGUCGAGCAAGUCGCGCGUCUGUUAG